UAAUGCAGUUGUCAAUCACGCUUUUGCAGAGUCUGGUUACACGCACUGAUUUCCUUCAUUUCUUCGUAUAUUGCUAACUUGUCGUAGUCAAUGUACACAAGGUACCAUACCAUUCUUACUACUGACGGAUUGUCACGUACGCAAAUCAUGUACAAAAACGAACUGAGGGUUUUUCCAUGGUAGCCUAGGUUUAUAUUGCACUUUCAGUUCAUUUCUGACAUCAUCACGGGAAAGCAUGGAGGUGUGAUUGUGGACUCGACAACAUAAAAGCGCCUACAAUAAGAAUUUGGCAGCAAGUACACGUAGUAGCAGAAAAGAAACAAGUAAUUUUUUCAUCGGCGAAGUGUGAACGACGUCAUCAUGGUGUACUGCAGCGAUGUGUAUUUCAUCUACAACAAUGAGGAUGAAGAUUUUAAAGACUAUCUUUCAAAAAAAUUGCAAUCGGACAAGUUGUCAGUAUGGAACGGGGAGACAACCCACGGACAAGGAUUGAUUGAUUCAAAGGCUGUUGUGAUCAUCAUGAGCACCACCUCCACCAAGGACCAACACUGUGACGAUGAAGUCUCAUUGGCUUACAUCUCAGACACGCCCAUCUUCCCUGUCACCCGGCAGAGUUUUGUGGAUUUGGAGCCCACCCUGUCAUUUUCCAUGAAGCUAAUGGUUGCCAAGCUGAACUGGAUGUUCUUUGAAAACGACCAGCAGAAAGCCGAAAAUUACCCGGUCCUGCUGACUUCCAUCCGCACAGCUCUUGCCAUAAUAACGGACGAGGCAGCAGAGAACCAGGAGGGCCAGGGUGACGAAGAGGAAACAGCUCAGGCAUGGGAAGACAGGCCAAACACGGCAAUGACCCUCCGCGAAGGCAAAGAUUUUUGGGAGGACAAAUUUGGCGACGCCACCGAAGUCCCCUGGCUUGAGUUCCGAGACAAGUUCCUCGAACAAUACAAGAGCCAGAUCAUGGAUCAAUUCACAGAGGAUAAAGUCCAAUGGAUGACCAACCUGCUGUACGGAGACGUGCUCUUGUUACGGAAGGUGGUGACCAAGCACACGUACGAGAUGUUCUGCCGUCACAAGCCUAACAAACCACGGGACCCGGAUCGUUUCUAUAAUCGGCUGGUCAACUACGCCAAGGGCUGCAUAGCAAUGAGGGGGGUGUUCAAUAUGGAGAGCACGGUACGCCUGGACGCGAUUCAGAAGCUAGGUCAGUUUAAAACCCAGGCUGUGCUGACUUCCCUGCUGGACUUGUCUGCCGAUAAAGAUGCAAACACCCGAGCUGUUGCAGCAAUUGCCCUCGGAAAAACAGGUAUCAAGAGUAGGCGUGUCUCCCAGCGGAUGAUCAAACUGCUAUCCGACGAGGAUCGAUUGGUGAGAGAGGCCGCCUGUAUUUCCCUGGGCCAUAUGCAGAUUGAGUCUGCAGUUCCUCACAUUGUCAAUGUCUGGAGAAUGGACAUUAUCUCUCAUGUGAGGGCAGCAGCUGAGGUCGCUCUUAGCCUGAUCAACUCGGACCGCGCCAGGCAGGCUAUCCAGAUGACUAAAGUACUGAGCACAGAAAUGAAAGAUCUCUCCGUGGAAUAAAAACCCAUGUAUUCUUUUCAGGGCCCCAUUGCCCCGCCCACCAUGCCCACUGUGCGAGAACACGUGCUGUGAUUGGUCGAAACACGUUUAGGCGGGCCUUAAUGUCUUUUGGACAUAAAA